AAUCAACUUGAUCGGAUGUAGUUAAUCUUACUGAAUUUUUUAUUGCUUUAAUAUAUUCCUCUUUGAAUAAAAUUAUGUUAUUUCUGAAUUAAUUCUUAUAGUUUCAAUUUGAGGUAUCGAAGUAACACCAAAUACAAAAACAAACGCAAAAUAUGGCAGAAUCACAUGAUAUGGAAGACGCGAUUAAAAGAGUUCUUUCAAAGGAAUCUUUCAAAUUGUCAAAAGCUGAAUUUGAAUUGAAAACAAAACUAUUGUUAAAUAUUUUUACAUUGGACAAAGAAAAAGAAUCUGAAGACAAAUUGGCCAAAACAUUCGGAAGAAAUAUUGAAAAUGUUGGAAAUGAAAUUGAGGCAUUGAAGGGACAAAUUUGUAAUAUUGGACAAGAAACAAAAAAGAUGCAGAACCUUGCUGAUCAAAAAAUGUUAUUACGCAGAAACAUUGCUGACAACAUGAAGUCCAUUGAAACCUACAUUGACUCACAUGUCGAACCUAGAAUGGAAAACUAUUUGAAAUCUACUAUGAACUUGAUGUCUAAAGUCGCAAAACAAAAGACAUCCUAUGAAGAGAUUGAUAAGCGACAUGCAUUCGAACGAAAAAAGAAAGAAAAUGAAUUGAAAACGUUGAAAGAUAAAACUUUUAAUUUUCAACAAGAAGAAGCUCAAAUUCAGAUGAAGGCAGAAGAAAUCAAUAAAGAGAUUGAAACCGUCAAUACAGAUGUAAAAUUGAAAGAAAAGAAAUUGGAAGACAUGCAUUUUCUGAUCAAUCAGAUUCAAGAUUCUGAGGCAUCAAUUAACACAUUAGCCUCAAAUGAAAUAUAUGAAGAGGAAGCAUUGCAUAACGUUUCAUCAACAUUGCAAACAAUUUUCGAUAACUUUGAACCAUUAAUAAAGAAGUCUGAAGAAACGAAGUUUCAAUUGGAAGAGAUCGAACAUCAGAAACGAUUUCUCGAAUCAAAACUAUGCGAAAAUGAAGAACUCGUAAAUUUCUUACAACUUGAAAGAAACUUUGAUGAAGUCGAACAGAAUGAAAUCUUUGUUCGUGAAUUUUCCAGCAAUAAUCUUUAUGAAGAAGGCAAGAAAUCUUUGGAACAUAAACGAAAUGAAAACAACGACAUUUAUAAUGAUGUUGAGAAAUAUACUUUAAAGGAAAAGGAACAAGAUGAAUUGAUACAACAACUUCGCGAGGAAGUAAAUGAAGAUCAGUCAGUUGCUACUAGUUUGCAAAAUGAAAUAAAUGAUUUAGACCAAAAAGAGAAGGGAAUGGAAAAUAAAUUUAAAUCCCUCACAGAUGCUAACAAGAUUGCCGAAGAAAAGAUUUUGAAAGAAAUUUCCGAGUUACAGAAAAGUUUUGCAACUUUUACAAACGAGUUUGAAGAGAAACAAAACUUCAAUUCUAAAACUAUCGCUGAUUUGAAUAUGAAGCUUAAAGCUGAAAAGAUGAAAACUAAACAACUUCGGUUAAAUACUCCAACAACUGCAAAUACUUUUCCAAUUUCAAACAAAUUAACAAACUUAAAUUUAAAUUCACAAGUAAAUUCAGACGAACGUUCACUUACAUUUAACAAUCAGAAAUACAAAAGUCAAGAAUUUCCUUCAAGUGAUCAACGUUUUUCAUCAGUCAGCAACUCUUAUCCACAUUCACAUAAACUUCAAACUACUUCAAAGCGUUCAUUCGCUAAAUCUGAUUUUCCUGCUGAACGAAAAUUGUCUCAAAAAUCAUCUGAACCGAAACUUGUUAAAAUUGACAAUAACAAAAUGAAAGAUGAGACAAAUUUGAAGAAGAAAGACAAGUUAGUUAAUGGUUCUAACGAUAGUUCUGCUUAUCCCAAAUCGUCUCAAGAAUCAUCUAAACCAAAACCGAAGCUUUCACUCGCUAAAGCUGACUUUCCUGUUUAUCGCAAAUCAUCUCAAGAAUUACCUGAAAAAAAAAUUACUAAAAUUGAAGAUAACAAAAUGGAAGAUGAGAAAAUUUUGAAGAAGAAUGACGAAUUCUUCAAUAGUUCUAACGACAGUUCUUUCAACAUUACUUUCAACACCGAUAUUGAUGAAUUACUUGACAACUUGUAAACAUAAAAAAGAAUUAAAACAAAAAUAAAACUCAAUGUCAUCAUUGAUAGUCAUUCAGGAUUUUGACGAUCAAGGUCCUUCAUUAAACAUCAUCUAAAUUCUCAAUUAAUUUUAUUACAUCGAUGUGUAAUUCAUUCAUUUUUCCCGACAUUAGUUUUCAUUGACAUUGGCUUUAUAUGUAGUUGUGCAUACAUCAAAAUAAAUUUUCUGUCUUUCCUUCUUUGUAACGUUUCUCUAAUACACACAUUCACGUAUGUUACGCAAACUAAAGCUUUGGUCUACUCAACUCAUCAUUAAAAAUUAAUGUAUCUAAAUUAUCCUUCACUACUGUUUGUAUCUUUUUUACUUUCCUUUAUUCACCAUUUUCAUUUUCGAAACACUUUCACAAACGUUUCAUUUUCAGUCGGCUCGCGAUAUUCAUUCAAGUCAAAAGGAUUAUAACAAGAAGCUUUAAAUAUCAAAUCUUUUAUAUCUGGUUUUUAGUGAUAAACAUUAUAUUGGUUGAUAAUUUUUAUAAAAAGUAUGAUAAAAAAUUGUGCAGAUAGAAAAUUAAAGAAAAUAUAAAUUUAUUAAUUUUAUUGCGCAAUAUAAUGAUGAGCAUGAAUUUUUUCUCACGCUUCAAUCAUUAAC